UCGGCCAAUCAGCCGCUGGCAUUGCGUCAGAACGUCGCGAUUGGGGGUUAGGAUAUAAAGUCGACGUCAGCUCGCUGCGGCUUAGUUCAGUGAGCGUCGAAGAAGCAGAGAUCUCGUGAGUUCGUCGCAUUGAUCGUCAGUCUUGCACAAGACAGCGAUAUCUACUGCAGCUAGAAGCUUUCACCCCAAAAGAGCACCAUGCAGAUUUUCGUGAAGACAUUAACGGGAAAAACCAUCACCCUCGAAGUCGAGGCCUCCGACACGAUCGAGAACGUGAAGGCAAAGAUUCAGGAUAAGGAAGGGAUCCCACCCGAUCAGCAGCGUCUCAUCUUCGCCGGAAAGCAACUCGAGGACGGACGUACUUUGUCCGAUUACAACAUUCAGAAGGAAUCUACCCUUCACUUGGUACUUCGACUUCGAGGUGGUAUGCAGAUCUUCGUGAAGACUUUAACGGGGAAGACCAUCACGUUGGAGGUUGAGGCUUCCGACACUAUUGAAAAUGUCAAGGCGAAGAUUCAGGAUAAGGAAGGAAUCCCCCCGGAUCAACAGAGAUUGAUCUUUGCUGGAAAACAACUUGAAGAUGGUCGCACGUUAUCCGACUAUAACAUCCAAAAAGAAUCGACUCUGCAUUUGGUUCUUCGUCUACGCGGUGGUAUGCAGAUUUUCGUCAAAACCCUGACUGGAAAAACGAUUACCUUGGAAGUGGAAGCAUCAGACACCAUUGAGAAUGUGAAGGCGAAAAUUCAAGACAAAGAAGGCAUUCCACCUGAUCAGCAGAGACUGAUCUUUGCGGGUAAACAGCUCGAGGACGGACGAACUUUGUCAGACUACAAUAUUCAGAAGGAAUCUACUCUGCAUUUGGUACUCCGACUUCGUGGCGGUAUGCAAAUCUUCGUGAAGACUUUGACGGGGAAAACCAUCACUUUGGAAGUUGAGGCUUCCGACACGAUCGAGAACGUGAAGGCAAAGAUUCAAGAUAAGGAAGGGAUCCCACCCGAUCAGCAGCGUCUCAUCUUUGCUGGAAAGCAACUUGAAGACGGACGUACUUUGUCUGAUUACAAUAUACAGAAAGAAUCUACCCUUCACUUGGUACUUCGGCUUCGAGGUGGCAUGCAGAUUUUCGUGAAAACUUUGACGGGGAAGACCAUCACGUUGGAGGUCGAGGCCUCCGAUACCAUCGAGAAUGUGAAAGCUAAGAUUCAAGACAAAGAAGGAAUCCCGCCUGAUCAGCAGAGGCUCAUAUUUGCGGGUAAACAGCUCGAGGACGGACGCACUCUGUCCGACUACAACAUUCAGAAGGAAUCUACCCUUCACUUAGUACUUCGACUUCGAGGUGGUAUGCAAAUCUUCGUAAAGACUUUGACAGGAAAGACCAUCACGUUGGAAGUCGAGGCUUCUGACACUAUUGAAAAUGUCAAAGCGAAGAUUCAGGACAAGGAAGGAAUCCCCCCGGAUCAGCAGAGAUUGAUCUUUGCCGGAAAACAACUCGAAGAUGGUCGCACGUUAUCUGACUAUAAUAUCCAGAAAGAAUCCACCCUCCAUCUGGUGCUUCGGCUUCGAGGUGGCAUGCAAAUUUUCGUCAAAACGCUAACCGGAAAGACGAUUACGUUGGAGGUCGAGGCUUCCGACACCAUCGAGAAUGUCAAGGCGAAGAUUCAAGACAAAGAAGGAAUUCCACCCGAUCAGCAGAGGCUGAUCUUUGCGGGUAAACAGCUCGAGGAUGGACGGACCCUGUCUGAUUACAAUAUCCAGAAAGAAUCCACCCUCCAUCUGGUGCUUCGACUUCGAGGUGGUAUGCAGAUCUUCGUGAAGACUUUAACAGGAAAGACCAUCACGUUGGAGGUUGAAGCUUCCGACACCAUCGAGAAUGUCAAGGCGAAGAUUCAAGACAAAGAAGGAAUUCCACCCGACCAGCAGAGACUGAUCUUCGCGGGUAAACAGCUCGAGGAUGGACGGACCCUGUCUGAUUACAACAUCCAGAAAGAAUCCACCCUUCACCUGGUGCUUCGACUUCGAGGUGGUAUGCAGAUCUUCGUGAAGACUUUAACAGGAAAGACCAUCACGUUGGAGGUUGAAGCUUCCGACACCAUCGAGAACGUCAAGGCGAAGAUUCAAGAUAAAGAAGGAAUUCCACCCGACCAGCAGAGACUGAUCUUCGCGGGUAAACAGCUCGAGGAUGGACGGACCCUGUCUGAUUACAACAUCCAGAAAGAAUCCACCCUUCACCUGGUGCUUCGACUUCGAGGUGGUAUGCAGAUCUUCGUGAAGACUUUAACAGGAAAGACCAUCACGUUGGAGGUUGAAGCUUCCGACACCAUCGAGAAUGUCAAGGCGAAGAUUCAAGACAAAGAAGGAAUUCCACCCGACCAGCAGAGACUGAUCUUCGCGGGUAAACAACUAGAAGACGGACGCACCCUGUCUGAUUACAACAUCCAGAAAGAAUCCACCCUUCACCUGGUACUUCGACUUCGAGGUGGUAUGCAGAUCUUCGUGAAGACUUUAACAGGAAAGACCAUCACGUUGGAGGUUGAAGCAUCCGACACCAUCGAGAAUGUUAAGGCGAAAAUCCAAGACAAAGAGGGUAUCCCUCCCGAUCAGCAAAGAUUAAUCUUUGCGGGUAAACAACUAGAAGACGGACGCACCUUGUCCGAUUACAACAUUCAAAAAGAAUCUACGCUUCACCUUGUACUUCGUCUCAGAGGUGGCAAUAUCUAACUAUUUAUUACUAUGUUCUCUCAUUUACUGUCUUAGAAAUGUUUUGUAUCUUUUUUUCGAUAUAUCAGGAUUAGUUACAUUCAGCAAAAGAUUGGAGGAAUAAAUAAUUUAUUUUGCGCAGUGUA